AUGAAGGAGAGGAGCGAAGGAAACCGGUGUCAAAUAGCCACCAGCAGCGGGCCCAUUGCCGAGGUGUCUCGCUCAAAGCGAGCCGCUUUCGACCGAGCGGCGGCCGAUCAAAAGGGGUAUACGUUGCUGUCAUUGUUGCAAAUCAUCACUGCCAGCAGGAGUUGCUUUGAGGAGCGACAGGUCGACGUGUCAUUUGUUAGUCGAGCGAAAUUCGAUUCCCUUCGAUACUGA